AAUACCCAAGAAAGUUCCCGGCAUUGUCAAAAUAGACUGAAUACACUUACAAAAGAUAUAGAAAUAGCCAGUUUUUUUUUCUCCAGACUCGCAUCAUAGAAAACAGCCGAAAACGAAUUCUGCUUCAUUUCAAAUUUCCAUAAUCUCAUCUCAAAAAGUUACAAUACUUAAUCUACAUUCAUUCAUAAGCCAGAUUUCGCCCACAAAAUGUCUUCAGUAAUAGUAUCCAGAUUCGAUCCCUCCAGGACAUACUUGGCUACGGCUUCUGUAGCUUUGGAUGCUCAUCAGAUUUCUGUGCAAUCAGUGCAGUGGUCUCAGACGGCUGUGAAUACUGUUUUUAAAUUAGACAAGACUUCUCGAGUCACCAACUUGAAGUGGAUCCCUUCUGGCAACGGUAACGAUUUCUACAUUGCCGUGACAUUGACCAGGGGGUCUGUUCUUAUUUAUUCUCCUGAAAGCAAUGCUGUAGUCGCCGAAUUGGCCACUUCGAACAACUCCGCAAUUCUUGACUUCUACUUUUCUCCACAUACCCAUACCGCCUGGUCGUGUGAUCUUGGAGGUUCAGUCCAGGAAUGGGAUUUGUCGAGUUUCCAAUUGCUUCAGCAGUUCAAAAUUACAGACUUUGUUGAAAAUGUCGAGUCGAUCAACAGAAUAGCGAGCGUCAGUUACGGAGGUAGUGCUCACUUGCUUGUAGGAUCUCAUUCCAUCUACUUGGUAGAUAUUGCAAGCAAAGCACUUGUAAAAACGUACCCGGGUCAUGUUGAGCCAUUAAACAGUCUUGUUCCGAUUUCUAGCGAUGCAGAUUUGUUCCUCACUAGUGCCAAGGGAGAUCGUUUCAUCAACAUGUACUCUGUGGAGCGAGCUGUAACCAAGACUGUGUUUGUUACUCAGGCUCCUGUAGUAGAUAUUUUCGUAGGUACAAAGGAUAACAAGUCUGUGUUGGUAGUCAUCAACGAGAACGGCAAUAUCGAAUUGUUCAACAACCCGUUGCUGACGGAGGCCCCUUCCCAACCAGCUACACCAUUGUCCAAGAAAAAAAGAAGACAGCAGUUGGUAAGUGUACAAUCUCGUUCUCCACAGGCAACUAUCAGAUUGUCGAGACCUCAGUCUGAAAUCAAAAGUCAUCAAGAUGCAAACUUGGUGAUCGACUCAGUGACUAUCAGCGACAAUUCUGUAAUUAUCUCGUGGUUGGAAAAUUCCAACAUAUCAUACUUUGAAACCCUCCAAUGGUUGGAUGAGUCUGGAAAUUUCCCAUUUGUCUCUGAUAGAACCAUUCACAAAUCUAAACCUGACUUGAAAGUCACCACCCAUUCCAGCCAUGGACACGAUGUUGCUUCUGCUAAACUCUACAGUGAAGGACAUGCUAUCAUAAGUGAUGGUACCAAUGUCAGAGACUUGGAGUUGAAUAUUGAAGAUGACAAAGAGGAAGAGACUUUGGCUGACAAGUUGGAGAAGCUCGGAGGAGAACAAAAGGCUCCAGCAAAGUCUAUCAAGACCAAGCACAAGUUAGGAGGAGAUAAAACUGGUACAUUAACCAUCAUCUUGUCUCAAUCGUUGAGAAACAAUGACCACUCGUUAUUGGAGACAGUGUUAAGCAACCGUGAUCCAGUUGUUAUUCAGAAUACCAUCUCCAAGUUGGACCCAUCUUUAGCUGUAGUUCUUUUAGAUAGACUCAGUGAAAGAUUCCAACGUCAAUCAUCCAGAUUCGACCAAUUGAACUACUGGUUGAAGUGGAUAGUUAUUAUCCACGGCGCAGUGAUUUCCUCAUUACCGAAUCUUAGCAUUAAAUUAUCAGGCUUACAUUCAAUGUUGACCAAAAAAGCCGACACCUUGCCUCGUCUCUUGGAAUUGCAAGGAAGAUUGCAUAUGUUGUACGACCAGAACGAUUUGCGUAAGGAAAUCAUGUCUGAAGAGCUUCGUGAUGAAGACGAGGAAAUUGAUAGUGACAUCGAAUACAUUGAGGAAAUUGACGAUGCCGAAGUAUUGGGACUUUUGAACGAUGACGACUUUGACAUGGUUGAAGGCAGAGACGAUUACGUGGAUAGUGACGAAGAUGAUGACGAAGAAGUAGAUGAUGAUGAGGAGGAUGAUGAGGAAGAAGAAGAAGAAGGUAUCAAAUCUGCUCUUGAUUUGGAUGACGAGAAUGCAAGUGAUGUCGAAAUUGGCGUCAAUAACAACGAUAGAAUGGAGGAUGAUGAAUAGGUUCCCUGUAAUAUACAUAGACUACAUAGCAUGUACCAUAGACUUAUAAACAGUCACUUG